GAUUUUGUUUUCUAGCGGACUUUUAAUAAUCAACGAAAUGGUGAUCGUACGUUACCCAGAUUUUUUUAGCAACGUUUAUCACGCAUUGUUGCGCGUAUCAAUUAGUUUUGAAUGGAUGAAUGUCAUGUUUGACGUGUACUGUUUAUUCUUCUGACCGAAAUUAGGUGGGGUAUUAGUGUGGAUAGGUAAAUUAAAAUGGAAGAAUCGAGACUUAGUGUGCAAUCCUUUUCACAGGUUUUCAUUCCAAUCACAAUACCAAGGCAAUAAAUAAACAAUCUUUGAGCCCUCCAUUCGGGUUUUAUGUACUCUGCUAUUCGUAUUUAACAAUCUGUGUCACGUGCUUUCUUUUUAGUAUAUAUAGUUGUAGUAUUCUGUUUUUGUGCUUAGAUCGACCAUUGAAGUGUUGGCCUGAUAUCGUUUUAGUUGUUUUGUGAAGAAAUUGAAGCGUAUCUUCGUGGUCUUCACUAUAAUGUUUGAACUCUUACUAGACUGUAUAAGUGAUAGAAUAUGUUUUAUGGGUGCUCUUUCGUUAGCAAUUUAGACGUCAAAUGAUCUGAAAAAAGGAAAGUUUGUGUAAAAAUUUGUGUAACUUUAUUUUGAACAGAAAAAUUUGGCUGGAGUGCAUUACAUCUUUCAAAAAAACUGAAAGCAUGUAACUACGAUCUAGUUUCAUUUAUGGCUUAGCGUAAACCGAACAACAUUCACGUCGAGAAAUUAUGAGUUUUACAAUCUUUUUCUGACUCCGUUUCAUGGUUACUUUUUAGGGUAUCUUGUAGGUCCGUCUGACAAGCCAGAGUGUCAAAAGAUAUAGAACCUACCUUUUAUUCUUAAAAAUGUUGUUUAUCUUGUUAUUUCAACUUCUUAUCUGUGUUUUUCAUACGUGAAAGUAAUACUUAAUCAAACAAUUGAUUUCGUGUUCACAAGCAAGCAACAAUAAUAUAUAUGAGUUAGCGUUGUCUGUAGCUGAAAAAAUAGACUGUAACUCUAAGUGGCAAAAUGCAAGAAGACAUAUGGUAGAAAAGCUUUAAAUGUGAAUAGUGAGGUGGAGCAUGUAAGAGGUAUUUCCAGAUCAACACAAAUACUGCACAAAAAUAAUGUCUAAUUGUCCUUAAGUCGUCUCCUAAAUAAACUUUAGAAUCCCUUAAGAGUUUCGUCACUUUUUAUGUCUAGUUUCCACGCGUUUUUAUUUAGUCAGCAUAUACUUAUCGGAUUGAUUGUGUAGUGAAAUGGUCCUAACUAAUCCGUUUUCCACAUAUGUAAAAGAAGUUAAGUAAGUCAAGCAUCCUAUAAAAAUACGGGCCAUUUUCGAAGAGUAUAAACUUACGUCUCUAAUUAAUCUGAAUCUUGAAAAGUCAGCUGGACCAAAAUGUUCUUAAACAAUCACAGUUUAAUACAAGCCUUCUGGUUUAAAUAAUUAGGUAGCUAUUUAACAAGUCCUUGAAUCUAUGUGACUAAUUGAAAGAAGCAUAUCUUUAAUGAAGUUACAGCCAUUUGGCACUUUAGUUAUAAUAUAUAGCAUAAGGAGUUGUGAAACAUUUAUUACAUUACAGCUUAAUUUUGAUAACCUAUAGUCAGAAAAAUAAUAAACCCGGUAAUAGGAUUUAACUGUAUUAUAUAUACGUUUAUUGAACGUCUAAUUGUUGUGGCAAUUUUGUACUGUUGCAGUAGCAUUUAUUCAAAUACACAUAUGGUAACAGACAAAUAUGUAGGUAGUAUGCAAAGCAAAAACCUGAUUUAUUUAUAUUUCGUAAAUCUAUCUUUCUGGGGUUUCAUUUCCACACUCAGAUGAUUUUCGUAACUUACCUUCUUGAAAGAAAAUGCAAACCCUAACUUCACUAAACCUCAUGUAUGGUUCGAAACGUAGCACAUAAACAUUCUUGUCUUGUGUUUCCAAUCCUAAUAGUUUUGACCUAAAUGUAUCUAUAAUUGUAUGCCUACUAACUUCUUACCUACAGAAGCAAAAUAAGUGAAAAAACAGCUCAUAUUUUCAAAAUACGUUUGAGGAUUAUUAUAUUGGUACUCUCUGAUGGAUUUCAAGUGCAUUGGUUUCUCAGUUCAAUACCGAAUGACAUUCACAGGGUACACUUUCUUGCUAUUUUAGCUGUUUAUUGUUGAUCAAAUAUGAUGGUUCACUUUUAUGUAGUGGAAAAAAUUAGCGUCUAGAACUUAUACUUCAACUAUAGGGUUUAUCGCCUUUUCCUUAAUGAACUUACGUUUCACAUUCCUUAAAGUCUAAUCUAUUGGUAAUGAAGAUGAGCUGUAAAGCUUUUCGUGUCUCUAAAAGCGACAUGCCGAAUUAAAGUGACUCUAGAUAAAUUUCUUCUCACCUUUGAUAGCGUGGACAGAACAACACUAUGGAAGCUUCUUCGACACUACGGCGUGUCUGAGAUAUUUAAUAUCAUACAGAAUCCCUAUGAUGGAUUAAACUGCAAAAUUGUGCAUGGAGGACAGCCGACAGACUCGUUCGAAGUAAAGACCGGUGUCAGGCAAGGUUGCUUACUCUCACCCUUCCUCUUUCUCCUGGUGAUCGACUGGAUCAUGAAGAUGUCAACAUCUGAAGGGAAGCACGGGAUACAAUGGACAUCUAGGAUGCAGUUGGACGAUCUAGACUUCGCAGAUGAUCUGGCUCUUCUAUUCCAAACGCAACAACAAAUGCAGGAGAAAACGACCAGUGUAGCAGCAGCCUCAGCAGCUGUAGGUCUCAAUAUACACAAAGGGAAAAGCAAGAUUCUCCGAUACAACACAGCAUGCACCAAUCCAAUCACAAUUGACGGAGAAGCUUUUGAAGAUGUAAAAACCUUUACAUAUUUGAGCAACAUCAUUGAUGAACAGGGUGGAUCUGAUGCAAAUGUGAAGGCGCGGAUCGGCAAAGCAAGAGCAGCAUAUUUACAACUUAGAAACAUCUGGAACUCAAAGCAACUGUCAACCAACACCAAAGUCAGGAUUUUCAAUACAAAUGUCAAGACAGUUCUACUAUAUGGGGCAGAAACCUGGAGAACUACGAAAGCCAUCAUACAGAAAAUACAGGUGUUUAUUAACAGUUGUCUACGCAAAAUACUUCGGAUCCGUUGGCCGGACACUAUUAGCAACAACCUGCUACUGGAGAGAACAAAGCAGAUCCCAGCGGAGAAAGAAGUCAGGAUGAAGUGCUGGAAGUGGAUAGGACACACAUUGAGGAAAGCACCCAGCUGCGUCACAAGACAAGCCCUCACAUGGAAUCCUGAAGGUCAAAGGAAAAGAGGAAGACCAAAGAACACAUUACGCCGAGAAAUGGAGAUAGACAUGAGAAAAAUGAACAAGAAUUGGAUAGAACUGGAAAGGAAGGCCCAGGACAGAGUGGGUUGAAGAAUGCUGGUGGGUGGCCUAUGCUCCACUUGGGAGUAACAGGAGUAAGUAAGUAAAUGUGAUAAACUUUAACUGUUUUCACCAACUGUACUAUAAGGAAAAAUGAUCUGUGAUGUUAUGCCAACAAUUAACGAAGAUAUUGGAUCUCAGGGUGAUCGAGAUUCACUGGUUAGUGCAGAUGGUACGAAUGUUGAAGAUAUGUUACUUAGCAUGUUGGAUGAACGUGACAGAUUGAUGGAAGGAUUGCGUGAAUCACAGGAACAAGUAAACGAAACAAGAACUCGAUUGAACGAAGUUGAAAGAGAACGUGAUAAACUUCAUGCACAGUUGUCAGCUAAAAUGCCUCAAGAUGUUGUGGAAAUGUCAAAAAAACUAACAGAAGUUGAAGAGCAAUUAAUUGAAAGAUGUGAUGAAAUCGAUGAUUUGAAAGCUGAACGAAACAAUAUGAAAAUUCUCUUAGAACACUUAGAGAAUUUGGUAGCUCGCCAUGAAAGAUCACUUAGAAUGACUGUAGUGAAACGACAUACAUCAACGGCUAUGAGUACUAGUACAAAUUCAUUGAUUCCGGGGGGUACAAUGGCUGAUGGUGAAACAGUGUGCUCCGAAAUGGAUAUUUUAAAUUCUUCAUCGAAUUAUUCCAUGAAUACAACUACUGGAUCAACAAGUCCUUCAAUGACAGGAUUAGGUUCAGAAGUGGAAGUUUUAAAAGCAUUGAAAUCUUUAUUUGAACAUCACAAAGUUUUAGAUGAAAAAGUUCAUAAUCGUCUAAGAGUGUCACAAAAUAAAGUAACUGAUUUAGAAAAUGAAUUAUUCGAACUAAAACGUUCAAAGAUAAAUAAUAGUUCCACUGAAAAUACAUUUAAUAAUAAUAAUAUUCAUCGAACAAUGAUAUCUAGUGAAACACAAGUUGACAAAGAUUUCAUAAAAGAUGAUGAUACAGACAUAAAGAAUAAUCUUGAUAAAAUUCAAAAGUUAUCACUUGAAGAAACUGUUUCAUUCCCACAAGGAUCAGUUGGAAUAGGUAAAAGUUCUGAAUUCUUAUCUUCGUCAUCAGUUCUGAAUGCUCCUUUAUCAAAUUUAUUCUGUGGUUCAGCGUCAGCAGCUGCUCUUGAAGCAGCGAACAGAAUCAAAGAACUGCAAGAAAAUCUUGAACAACGUGCAUCUGAAUUACUCGCUGCUCGAAGGCAAGUGAUUGAACUGACAAGUCGAUCAAGAGAAAGCUCAAAUUCAUUGAGUUUAGCACAGAGUGAAUUAAAUCAUGCUAAUGACCAAAUUGAAAGGCUUACUCGUGAACUACGUGAAUCUGAGCAACGAAGAACUGAUCAAGAAUCCCUAGCUACGAGUUUAGAACAAAGAUAUUUAGUUACUCAGCGUGAAUUAAAUGCAGCCCAAGAUAUGACUGACAAAUUACGAGCUGAAUUAGCCUUCAAAUCAACGCAACUUAAACAGCAAGAAGAAAAAGUUCGAACACUACAAAUUAAAUUAGAUACAAUGGAAGACGAUCUGUUGCAGAGUAGAUCAUUGUCAAAUCAUUUCUUGACUAAAUCUUUCAAAACUAAAUACAUUCAUGAUGAAGUUGACAUUGAUGAUGAUGAUGAGGAUGAGGAGGAGGAUGUUAUUGCUGGAACUCAAUACAAUGAAGAAAAUGCUUGCUCUGAUGAAAGUAAUCCUGAAUUAAUGAAUAAACAAAUAUCUGAGGGGGAAAUGGAACAAGAGACUGAUUCAAUCACUGGCCUUGAGAGCAAACGUGUCCGAAAAAUCAAAUCUAUUAGAUCAGCAUCAAAAAGGAAUCAUUAUUCUCGACAGAUCUUUCAACAGGAAUGGAAUUCUUAUGAAGAUCAGGUAAAAGAAUUAACAGAUGAAAUAGAAGAAGUUAGACAAGAAUUAACGCGUGCAAAAGAAAGAGAAAUCAUUAAUGAAGAACACAUAACUCGUUUAUCGGGAACAGUUGAUAAAUUAUUACAAGAAUCUAAUGAACGUUUACAAAAUCAUUUACAAGAAAGAAUGUUGGCUUUAGAACAAAAACAAAAUUUAAAUAAUCAAAUUGAACAAAUAAAGAGAGCAUUAGAAACAGCAAUAAGAGAACGUGAAACAAAUAUAACAGAAUCAAUGUUAUUAAGACAGAAAUUGUCUGAAUUAGCAGCUGCUUUUCGUUAUUCACAAGCUCAACUUGCAAUUGCUCAUACAUCAACUUCUGCAGCUCAGGCUACUAUUAUGGCAUUAGCCAAAGCAUCAUCUGAGAAAGUUAACAUGGAACGACAGCGACAACAGCAUAAUACAGAUAUUUCUAUACAAAAUUCAGUAUGUCCUUCAAGUGUAGUGGAAAAAUAUGGAACUGAGCAAAGUAGUCCAAUAGAUUUAAUCUCGAGAUUGAUCACUAAUACAUGGAUCUAUUCACAAGCUAAUAAUAAUUCGGAUCAACCAAUAGAAAUGAAUCCUGAUGUUGAAUUACACAAUAUUCAAUCAAUUCCUAAUACAAUUAGUGAUAAUAAUAACAAUAAAUUUUAUCAGUCGAAUGAAUUACAGGAAAUGUUGACUCGACAAAAUGUAAUGAAUUUCAAUGAUCCAUCAUUACAAUUAAAUCAUGAUACUGUUAAUCAAUUGUCCUUGAAUGAUAUAGUCAAUUUUAUGAAAAUGAAACAACUACCAAACACCAUAUCUCAGCACAAUAUUCAAGAAAGUGCAACUGAUUCAACUACAGAUCCACAAUCUUUAGCGUAUAUGUUAAAAAAUCAAUUAGAUGCUAUCAAUAAUGAGAUAAAAUUAAUCCAACACGAGAAAGCCACUACAGAAAUGCUAGCUGAUGAAUUAAAGGGACGAUUUGGUACGACGGAUAUAAGUGUUGAUAAUAUAAAUAAUGAAUUUGAGACAAAGAAUCAGUAUGCUGAAAAUCGACCCGAUGGGAAUGAUGGUAAUAAUAAUAAUCAAGCGGAUCGAAAUGGCAAUCUUACAUUACAUGAUUUACUGCAUUCAUCAGAGCCCUCUGCUCUUGCUUCUUUGGGCAAUUUCAACUGCAGAACUACAACAGUUACUACUCAAAUGAAUAUGGGUAUUUAUCAAAACCCACCAAUUAGCUAUACGCAAAACUUUCCAACAACUUACACACUAACGCCGCAUCCAUCCUAUUUAGGAUAUGAUACACGACUGCGUGCACCAGUAAUGAAUCCUAUGGCUAUCCGACAACCGGGACAAUCAAAAUUAUAUAAUCAAGGAGUGUUUAUCCCUAAUCCCAGGUAUACUAGUGAUCAUAAUGUAAUUUUUUCAACUGGAACUGCUCAACUACCAACUUUAUCAAAUUUUCACGAUGUGGACUAUAAUACGCGGAAACGUGCACAAAAUGAUCUUUCAAUGACUACAUACGAUAGCACAGUCACAACCACAACAAUAACUGGCACACGAGAUGAUUUAGGAAAUACAGAGUAUUCAGAUAGUAGUCAAAGGGAAAAUGAACGUAAACGAUCUAUUUUCGGGACAUUGGGUCGUAUGUUCAAGAGACCAAAUCCUGUAAAUGUAACAAACUCACAGAAUCAAGUGGAAAGUACAGUGAAAUCAGUAGUUUCAAACAAUCAACAACCUUCAUUGAGAUUUCAUUCUAAUCCAUUAACUCAUCUAUCCCGUCAUUAUCAUGUGUAUAAUAUUCCUCAAUCAACCUCAGUUCAUAGAUCAGACGAAAGAAAUAGACUAACUAAUGUUGUAUACUCUUCACAAGAUUCAGGAUUUUCGAAUAUGGCACAUUUCAAUCGUUCAGUUUAUCCAAACAAUUUUUCUCAAUAUCAUGUACAAGAAGGAACAUCAAGAUACAGUCCGAGACCUCCAUCACACCAUAGUUAUUUUGGCAAAGCGAAACCUGGUAUUUAUUCUGCAGAUGUAGGUACUAACCAAGAACAAAGUGCAAUUCAGCAGUCAGUUUUAUCACAUACGAUGAACUCUCAAGCUGCUCUUGGACCGAAACAAACUCUUGAGGAUAGACAGAAAUCUCAAAAAUUGUUACUUGAAGAUACUAUACGCAGUAAUUUACCAUUUACUUCAUGGAGUAGUCCCAUAUUAGUUGCAUGGUUAAAACUAUGGGUUGGAAUGCCAGCAUGGUAUGUUGCAGCUUGUGAAGCAAAUAUUAAAUCUGGUGCAAUGCUUGCCUCUUUAUCUGAACAAGAUAUUCAAAGAGAGUUAGGUAUACGUAAUCCUUUACAUCGUCUAAAGCUUCGUUUAGCUGUACAUGAAAUGCUUGCAUUUACUGCAUCAUUAACAGGUACAACGACGAAUCCAAUUAAAAAUGGUGAAACAUCUACCUCUAUGAAACAAUUACACUUAGCUUCCCCACUUAUAAAGGGUGAAUUAAAUCAUGAAUGGAUCGGGAAUGUUUGGCUGCCUAGUCUUGGGUUAACCAGAUAUAGGUCAUCAUUUAUGGAGUGUCUUGUCGAUGCACGUAUGUUAAGUCAUUUAACUAAGCGGGACUUGAGGGUACAUCUAAAGAUGGUUGAUCAAUUUCAUCGUUUAAGUUUAUACUAUGGGAUAAUGUGUCUCAAGCGCCUGGAUUACGACCGUUCUGAGAUUGAACGCCGACGUGAAGCAUGUCAAAAUAUUUUAAACGAUUUACUUGUCUGGAGUAAUGAUCGAGUUAUUGUAUGGCUUAAAAGUAUAGGUUUGAAUGAAUACGCCAAAAAUUUGAUUGAUUCUGGUGUACAUGGAGCUUUGAUGGUGUUAGAUCCAGAUUUUGACGCGAAUUCAUUUGCUCUUAUCCUUCAAAUACCUAAUUCAGAUGUACAAAUGAGGCAUAAACUUGAACGUGAACUCAACAGACUUCUACACCCUUAUCGAUCAGUUAAUCAAAACACUUCGAUGAGACCUACUGAUUCAAUCAUGAAUUAUGAUACGGCAGCAAGUUGGAUUGCUUCCGUAGAACGUCCAGAACCAGCAUAUUAUGAAAAUCAAUUUGAAAUAGGUGAUGAAUUAGGUGGUGAGUCAUCUUACAGACCUGGCACUCAACAACAAAGACAUGGAAUCAACAGGAAUAUUGUGCCUAUUUCGGAAAGUUUAAAUGGAGCUCCACCUAUUCCUAUACGAGUGCAAAGAAAUACAGACAGACGAUACCCUACGUCUACUUCACAGUUAACUGUUAGUUCUCAGAACCAACUUCCUUUGAAUGCCAAUCUCAACCGUAAUCUUCAAUAUCGAAAUGCAGGUAUGUGUGAUGACAACUAUUCCUUUCUACAGAAUGAAACAUCACAACUAGAAAGAAGAUUGAAGAAAAAUUGAUAUUGGUAUGUGGUCGUUUACAUCGAAUACAAAAUUGUUGAAUUUGUUGAAAGUUUACUAUGUAUUGUUACAAACAUUGUGUUGCCGGAACCCGUGAUUCACACAACCCAAGGGAGAAGACAAGCAAAUGAUGAGCAUUUAUUAUACCCUAAAAGCGAAUUAAAACAAUAAAUGGACACCCUUAUUUUUAUUUCUUUGUUUAAUUCAAUCAAUAGUCUGGUUGAAUUAUUGAAAUGGAAACUUCAAGUAUGAAAUUAUAAUCAUUGAACCAACCUGUAAAUUAUUGCAAUUCAAAGUUAUAUUCUUUAAUUCAAUUAACAUUUAUAAAUUCAUCGAAUAUUCAUUGAUGUUUUUUUUAUAUGACUACAAUUUUACAAUUGUCAUACAACAAAAUCAUACAUUCACAAUUAAUUAUCAUUCCUAUAAUAUAUUAUGUAAAAACAAAACCGAUGAAAUGUGAAACAUGAAUGAUUUUAAUUGAAUAAAUAUUGUUUAUUAUUAUUAAGAUUAUGAUUAUUAUUAUUAUUAUUAUUAUAUCAUUAUUAUAAACAUAUGGUAAAUGAGAACAUAGUAACUGUAUAAACUAAUUAAGAUGAUAAUCAAUAUAAUAAAUUCAUUAUGAAACAAUAAAUGAAAUUCUGCAUAUUAACAAAAAAAAAACUAGAAUAUACAUAAUGCCGGAUUGUUUCACAAAUAAUCUGCAUUCAAAUAUUUGUAAACAAUAAACUAUAUCUUAUGAUCAUGUAAAAAGAAAAAAAAGAAAAACAAACUAUUCAAUUUAUUACGUAAUUGUGCAUUUCACAAAAUCUAUUUCUAUUUUUGAAACAUUUUUGAUGAAUACAUGUAAAAAUUUACAUAAAAUUAACUAUUUUUUAUUUUGAUCAGAAACUCUACUUUUUUUGAAUUUAUUUAUUUG